AUGGCUAGUCUCCCAAGAAGCAUACGGCGAAAUGCGCUCGCGAAGAUAGCUGAGCUCUCUGCGACAUCAACAAAUGGAGAAUUCAAAGGCUCUGAUCUUGAGAGGCUUUGCCGAGUCUCUCCUGGGCAAAACAAGCAGUCUGGGCGCGUAAAUGGAGUCAAUAAUGAUUAUGCGAACUCGCUGGCCGGCUCUCCCAUGAACAUCAGAGAGUUUGAAGUACUCCUCGCUUUAUGCAAAGCGGCGCCCCUGAUCGAUAAUACGUACAGCGCGGAGAAACUCACCAGUCAGUUGAACCCAUACGUUCUUGAGGCGCAUACACAACUGUUUGUGCAGUCCCCCUUUUUUCGCGCGAUCGAGCCAUCUCCCGUCGAAGCACUAAGUUACAACCUCACCACCGCCCUUCUCUCCAUUGGUACGAAACACGACCAUCUACAAAAGCUCAUCUCCGAAAAGUUAUGGAUAUAUUUAGACAACUGUGCACAUGCCAGCGAAACUGCUACAGAAAACCGAGGAGUUAGUUCGGAAUAUGCUACGGAGAUUGAAGAGGCAAUCCAUGUCGCAACCGUAACAAUAUCCCUUUUAGGCUUUUUGGACGCAGUAGCUUCCCUGGCCAAUUUCUGGAGUGCAAGGGAGAGAUUGAACCUAUGUGAACGUGUUAAAUUGAUUUUGUCAGAAGGAUUUUUGGUGGCAAUAGAGACAGCCUUCUCAACCAUCCGCAAUACCCAUCUACAGAGCAGUCAUGUCAAAGAGUGGAAAAGAUAUGUCCGUCAUUAUGCAGCUAUUGGUCGGCCUUUGGGUGCGAUGCUUCUACAACGGAGUUUUAUGUGGCUACUUGUUGCAGGGUCAUCAUUGCUGCUCGUUGAUGCCGACAGCCUUAAAGGCCAUGAUGUCUUAAUCGUACUAAUGUCUCGUCUUGAGGCUUCAAGGUCCAGUUCCACCCGUGACGAGCAAGUUGAUUCUGACACGAUUGACAUCCUGGCAGAUAUUGCCUCGAGUGAAAUCAGUCUGCUUGAAGACGGUGCAGAUUAUCUUCGUUUGGGUUCUGCUUGGCAACAAAGACUUGCAUUUUCAGUCAAAGCAAGUGCUAUAACGACCUAUUUGAAUUGCGUAAUGCUGAAUGUAAGUGACAAGGAAGUUGAACCUGAAAUAAUCAUGUCCUGGCUUGAGGAUACGCUGGCGGAUCCCGUGCAAAUGGCGGAUGAGGUAUUGGCCAAUGUUGUCCUUCGGUCAAUGGCCCUGGUCUCUAAACUCGCUCCACAGUUGGCACCAGAUGUCAGUCGCCUUCUCCCACGAUUCAUCGUCCAGAGUAAUCCACAAGGGAAUACAAUUGCGGUUGCAUCUGCGUGCCUCGCAUAUGUUCUGCAUAAUCUAUCACAGGAUGCCAUCAUAACUACCAUCUAUACGCUAGGAAAUGUUCUCAGUUCUGGUGCAAGUCAUACAGAUAGAGCUACUUCCGCGCCAAAUGGAGACGUAGCUUUGGAUGGAGCUGCGCAGUCAACUCUCUAUGGAAAGAAUUCUAAUAACAGCGCUAUAUCUUUGGAAAUCUUCACAGAAGAAGAAACUUCCGCCGUAUAUGGCAAUGUUGUACAGGCUAUCUGUGCUAUUGCCGGAAAUUGCAAAGAUUCUAAAAUUAUUGCUUUGGCUCAAUCCAUGCUUCUGCAGAAGAUUGACAAAAUCAACCAGAUUAUCGAUGCUCGUAUCAUCACAGCUGCUGCAGAAUUAUCAUUAAGUGGAGGACCUCUAGAGUUUCGGUCAUUGCUCAAGCUUUAUGGUAAAAUCACGCAUCUGGGUGUCAUGAAAAACAACGAAAAUAUACUCCAUGCCAUAAUGAAAGGUCGCAAUUUUCUUUCCUCCAAUCUGCAAAAAGAGUCCGCUUUAUAUGAUAUAUAUCUUGAGAACUUACUGGAGGACAUAAUUAGCAGAGGCGAUGUCCAUCAAGGACAAAAUACACGAGAAGCAGAUGUAGAAGCCGCAGCUAAAGAAAUUGCGCAGUUGUUGCAGCCACUGGCAGUCUUUUUUUCUACUAAUAAUAUGGCUUUCGACAACAAUCUUAGUGAGGAGGUUUUAACCCUGGUACGGGAUGCUUGGUUCAAUAUUGUUGUUCAUGGCUUUACCACUAACACUGAGCGUGGUCAGCUGCACCUGAAAGAAUUGCGUAUUCUGGCGAUCCAUUCAAAGCCCCUUGUUGCCGAGCAGCGAGGUGAGCAGGUAGAAAGUGAUAUUGAGCUCAAUACGGUGUUACGUCGAGGGAUCAGCCAGGAUCAUGAAGCCACACAAAAAAAACGACUGACAGCCCUUCUUCCUAGUAGAGCUAGAGAAAUUGGGGGCCUUAGUUAUCGCAAAAUCAUCUUCCUUCAGGCUACCUAUCUAGUAGAAACUUUACGGGCUGAUGCCGGUGAUUGCAGCAAAGCCCUGACUUACUUUCUCGAGCCUAGCAUGCGCAGAGGUGAGAUGAGCAGCACGAUGGAAGCUGUAACAGCUGCCGUGAUGGACACCUAUUUGCGCAAAACUUUAACAGGCAUGAACCCAACCUUCUCGGCUCCAUAUGUUGCCAAACAAUUGGCGUCUAUAUUUACUGGUUGUUGUCAUCGAAUAGAAAGAGUGCAGCAAGCUGGCAUGAACUGCGCGGAUAGGAUAAUACGAGAUGUCCCGUCUGCUCUCUGUCAAAGGUCCUCUUUGUUUGCACUUCUCGAACUUUUGUCACUCCUGUGGGUGAGCUGUUUAGAAGCCGAAACCGAUGAGUAUGGACUGAGAUCUUCUUUUACGUCUGUCAAAGGAGAGAUAAGUAUCGAAUUGUCUGAUGAUUAUGGCCUCCGUCGCCGCACACUCAAUGCUCUAUACAGGAAGGCUAAGGGCUGGGUCACAACAGUUAUCAAUAUUGCCCCUGCAGAUGUAAAAGGCCUUCUACAGACAUAUCUCUCAGAAUAUGACGACGAAGGCGUUUAUGGUCACAUAUCCUUGGGACGGUCAUUUGCGUCAGAGAUGGGAUCAGUGAUCCCAAGUAUGGACCAAAGACUUGAGGCGAUCGAUCGCCAUGGGGAUUGUAAUAUUAACACUGCCUCGGACUUCAUUGCUCAAUAUACCACAAGGCAAGAGUACCGAUAUGCAGAAGCUCUUCCAGAUCACAACGCCGAAUGGCUGCGCCCUUCGAUCACAUCGAAGUCUGGCAAAGAUUGCGAUGACGCAGUAACACUUCUGGCUAAACUUGAGGCGCAAAUCCUCAGAAAGAAACACAUAGCCAUUGGCGAAUCUCGUGAUAUACUAAGGAGAGCUGCAGCUUUGCUCUGCCGAAGUGACAAGGAUGAGUGUGCCAUCAUACGAUAUCUCGUCUCCAUACCCUUCGCUAUGUUCACUAAGCAGUCAAUUAAGCUUGGAGUGUCUUUGUGGCUCGGUGUUAUCAACGAAAAUCCCAGGAUGGAGCCUAGAAUUUUGAUGGAAAUCGCUCAACAAUGGGAAUUGACUUCACAUCGUGGAAUGGGCAUUUUUAAUGGCAUGUUCAUUCACCAGGAUCCUUUCUACAUCAAGGAGGAGUUUGCCCCUAGUGAUCGAACAGUACUGGCCAAAAAGCAGCAGGCAGCUCACAAUAUGUUAGCUCCUCACAUGCGGCUACUGCAAUUUCUUAGCAGUCAUUUCAACGCAACUCGUCUUGGUAGCCCACACACUGAGAAAACGUUUCUCAGAAUCCUGAACUUGACACUGAAUAGCUUGAAACGUUCUACAGGGCACCCGCUUGCUCGAGAGAUCAGAUUUCAAAUCGUCCUUUAUGCUUUGAGAAUUCUAAGACACACUACUACUCUCGACUUUCCCUCGAAAUGUAGACUGAAGGACAAGAUUCUCUCUGCUGCCCUCAGUUGGUUCACGUUCGCUCCUCGGUGGUCAUUCGGUGGCAACCGAUUGCAAUUGAAAGCCGAGACUCGCUUAUUGAAUGAUGUCGUUCUAGCCUUUAGAAGCGUUACGAUGGUAGGUCCUAAGCCCACAGCUAUGCUCAUGUUGAUUCAAGCAAAGGAGGAGCUUUUGCAUAUUUUGAUAGAGAGUGAACAGAUAAGAUUAAACGUUUGGCUUGAUCCUUUACGAUCAGGUCGCGAUAUCCAGGUCCCCAUCUCCCCAAAAGGCACUAACGAGGCGGCUCUACUUCCUUUGGUGCGUACUGCAUGGAACGAAAGCCCAUCUUUGGUCAUUCAACUCGUUUCUAGGUUUCCCUCAGUGAGAUUGCACCAGGAUAUCCGCUUGCUUUUGCUUCAGUUUCCGGACAAAGCAAUAGCGGAACCUGAAGCAGUCCAUAUCUUACUGGGUGAUUCUUUGCCAUCCGACGUGGCAUCCCAAUUGAAGUACCUUCUUUACUGGGCUCCUGUUAAUCCGAUAUCCGCUGUUACAUAUUUCUUGCCAUCAUACCGAAAUCACCCAUUCAUCGUGCAAUAUGCUAUGCGUGCCUUGGAGAGCCACUCUGUAGACGUCACUUUCUUUUACGUGCCACAAAUAGUCCAAACAUUGCGCUAUGAUGACUUAGGAUAUGUUGAGCGAUAUAUCGUCGAAACUGCCAAGUUCUCGCAGCUCUUUGCACAUCAAAUUAUCUGGAACAUGAAGGCCAAUGCUUUCAAAGACGAAGAUUCUCAGAUUCCUGAUGUUGUCAAACCUACACUCGACAAAGUCACGAAUCGCAUGAUAGAGUCAUUUUCAGAUGUUGAUAGAGCCUUCUAUGAGCGUGAAUUUACAUUCUUUGAUGAAGUUACUAGCAUUUCAGGCAAGCUGAAGCCAUACAUUAAAAGACCCAAGCCAGAGAAGAAACAAAAGAUUGAAGAAGAAUUGCGCAAGAUCAAGGUGGAGAUUGGAGUCUACCUCCCUAGUAACCCUGAUGGUGUGGUAAUUGGCAUCGAUAGACAGUCUGGAAAGCCCCUGCAAAGUCAUGCCAAAGCACCAUAUAUGGCUACCUUCCGCAUCAAGAAAGAUAUAGGCGGUGACAUGGAAGGCACAGAUGACAUGCUUGAGGAGAUUAACAAAAAUGGAAGUACCCCGACUGAAAAUUCGAUCGAGAUUUGGCAAUCGGCAAUUUUCAAGGUUGGUGAUGACUGUCGUCAAGAUGUCCUCGCUCUUCAGAUGAUUGCUGCAUUCCGUGGAAUCUUUAACAACGUCGGGCUUGAUGUAUACGUUUUCCCAUAUCGUGUCACCGCAACAGCACCUGGUUGUGGUGUUAUUGACGUUUUGCCAAACUCAAUCUCGCGUGACAUGCUCGGAAGAGAAGCCGUGAAUGGGCUAUACGAUUAUUUCAUCUCUAAGUACGGCAAUGAGGACUCCCUUCGAUUUCAAGAAGCACGCGCCAACUUUGUCAAGAGUAUGGCUGCCUACUCAAUUAUCUCUUUCUUGUUGCAGUUCAAGGACCGACACAACGGUAACAUCAUGAUUGAUGAUGCCGGACACAUUCUGCACAUUGAUUUUGGUUUCUGUUUUGACAUAGCACCCGGCGGUGUCAAAUUUGAGAGGGCGCCAUUCAAGCUCACGACGGAAAUGGUCGCUGUGAUGGGAGGAAGCACAGAACAUCAAGCGUUUAAAUGGUUCGAAGAAUUGUGCGUAAAGGCUUUCUUGGCCUCUCGUCAAUACACUGAAAAGCUAUCGCAACUUGUUAUGCUUAUGAUGGACUCUGGUCUUCCUUGUUUCAAGCCCGAGUCCAUUCAGCAUUUUAGGGAUAGGUUUGUGCUCGAGAAGACGGAAGCUGGGGCUGCGGAAUUCAUGAGAGGCCUGGUCAAGAAGAGUUACGGAAGUUACUCAACUGGGGUUUAUGAUCAGUUCCAACUUUUGACUAAUGGAAUUCCAUACUAG